GCACCAGCUAUAAAAGGCUGUAGUUAGUUUUCUCAGUGCAGCUCUGUCACACAGAGAAAGUUAGAGCUGUCCUCAGAACACCUUCAGUCCCCAGAAAUAAACUGCACAAGAAGAGGAAGUGCACACCUACAUUGUUCUGUAUCUUAACCCUCACUCAGUCCCAUGCUCAGACAGUCGGCAGCAAGACAACAUGGAGAUCACAGCUCUCUGCAUCAGACUGUAUCUCUUGUCUCUCCAGUGAUAAAGGUACCGGUAUUGUUGCUGCCUGCACAAAUUCAGCCCAUCUUCUCUCAUAAAGCUGAUUCAUCUUUCCCUCAUAUUGUUCCGUCCAGACUGCAGUUCUUUGAAUACGAGUCUUUCUUUCUAAACUGUGAGGGUCUUUUUAAUGAUUUGAGCGAAUGGAGAGUGAUGAAGAAUAUCAAGGGAACUGAUACUAUAUGUAACAAUAAUUUGGAGGCAAAAAUUCCCUGCAACAUUACAACCAGCUUUUCAGCAGACAGUGGAACAUACUGGUGUGAAGCUGAAGGAAAGAAGAGCAGCACCGUCAGCAUCCUAGUGACAGCUGGUCCUGUGAUCCUGGAGAGUCCUGCUCCUGUGAUGGAGGGAGAGGCUGUCACUCUGCGCUGCAGAAACAAGGAGAAGUCCAACCUUGAAGCUGGCUUCUAUAAAGAUGGCGUCUUCAUCAGGAACAGUUCAGGAGAAAUGUCCAUUGACAGUGUUUCCAGGUCUGAUGAAGGACUCUACAGGUGCAAAUUCUUUGGAGUUGGAGAAUCAGCAGAGAGCUGGCUGGCUGUCAGAGCUGCUCCUGUGAUCCUGGAGAGUCCUGCUCUUCCUGUGAUGGAGGGAGAUCCUGUGACUCUGCGCUGUCGGAAGAAGUCCUCCAAUCUCACAGCUGAUUUCUAUAAAGAUGGCUUCCUCAUCGGGAACAGCUCUACAGGAGAGAUGAUCAUCCAUAAUGUUUCCAAGUCUGAUGAAGGACUCUACAAGUGCAGAAUCUCUGGAGCUGGAGAAUCAGCAGAGAACCGUCUGGCUGUCAAAGCAUACUAUGAAGAGACUCUUCCUGAACGUCACUCCCUUCCUGUCUUCCUCCUGCUUUGGACAGUUGUCCCUCUUUUACUUGUGGCCUUUCUGCUGUUGGGAGUGGGACUUUUCUAUAUGAAGCACAGAGGUACCUCGACCUCUCAAUCCUCCUUUCCAACAUCCUCUCGUCUACAAACAGAGAGCAGUGAAGCUGGAUCACAACAGGCAACAUAUGCUGUCGUCACAAUGUCCAGAGGGGCAAAAGAGACCAAUGUGGCUGGAUCACAACAGGCAACAUAUGCUGUCAUCACAGUGCCCAGAAAGGCAAACGAGACCAAUGUGGCUGAAUCUCAACAGGCAACAUAUGCUGCUGUCACUAAACCAAGGAAGGUCAAAGAUAAGAAUGAACCCUUGACUUCACCUGUUUACCACACUCUGAGCAUGGUUCACUGAGAGCAGACGUCGCUGAAGGAUAGAGGAGAGACUGCCUGUAUGUCAAGACUUUUUAACAUUUUAUCAUCUCUAUUGCAGAGUAAUGGUUAUGUUCCUCUUUUGUUUGUAAAAAAUAAAUUAAAAUAUGUUUUCAUUUAUAACGAUGUAUUAAAUGUUAUGUGAAAAUGGCCUGGAAAGUCAUUGAGCAAAGUAUUUUUAAAAGUAGGCCAACAUUGUUCUCAUGACCAUCAGCUCAUCGUCUCACUCUGAGCCUCAGUGUUUAUUUCCAUUAUAGCUGAAACCGCUUUGUUCUGUCUGCUCCGCUUGUUCACACAUCUGAAGACGCUGUUUGCAAAAAACGGAGCUGCUGCAGUUUUUAAAAUACACUCACUGUGGUCAAUGACUAACAUGAUGCUGUUACAUCAGAGUGAAACUGUGUGACUGCUGUCAGUGUACGCGUCCUAUAUUUAUAAAUAACCAAUGACUGUCAUCAACUUUCAAUGUUGUAUGAACUUUGUGAACACAGAAUAUUUAUGUAUGCUGCAUACAAGUUCAUAACCAAUAUUGUGUGAAAACUAUGAACCCAAUGCAGCUGUUACAGCACACUGGAAUUAAAUGUGAGGUUGUGCAUAAAAGAGUUGAAUUUG